ACUAGCUCGUGAAAAAGAUAUUAGAUAUUGGCUAUUGGAGGACACUUUCAAGGUGCGUGUUAUAAACCGUGUUGCUUCUUUUUAUACUGAAGAGCCACUGCAAACAUUUAAUUUAUUUGGUGGACUCAAAAUAUUUAGCUGCACUCGAAUCGUUUCAUUCAAACUUCAGUCUGAACACAAAUUUCUGAUCCCAUAUUAUAUACGUGUCGUAACUAUGCAUACAAACCCAAAAAUAGUGAUAAACGCAGGAAAAUUAGAAAAGGUAUUUUUGUGUAUAUAGUAGGGAAAUACACCGAAAUUCCACAUUUCCGCCUACUGUGAGGAAGUAGUGGGAUCAUUCGAUCAGUUUUGUCACUGUGCGUUUGAAAUAUCUCCAAAUCCAUGGUAGAUUGUUUACUUUACACCUGAACUUGUGCCAAAUUGUAUAACUUUAUCCAACGUGUUUACAUUGAGUCUACGUUCAAGCAUAAUAGCCUGCUGUCCUCAAUAUUUGGCGAAACCCACUUAAAUUAUAUACUUUUUCACUAAAUUUAUGGUAUGUUUGGAUUCCUUACUAUCACGAAACAAAUUUUUAAGCCUAGUAGAUCAGAUUUACUAAAAUUACACGUGGUUUAAGAAAGUUAAUGCAGAACAAAAUAUAAUAUUGCCAGUAAAUAAGUGACAGUGGGCUGCUCAUCACAUCUUUCGAUUGCAUCCUCAAAUCCAUAUUACGUUGCUUUAUUCAUUACUGGAGCAAGCUCUACAAUGCCUAAACAGCAGUUUCGUGUAGUCAUAUAAUACACGCUUGGUGAAGCAUGCCAAACGGAGAUAAACACGUUGAAUAUGAGGUCAAAUGUUACGUGAUACCAUUUUAAAAUAUGGUUUCUACCACAGUCCUCGGCAGUAACGAGAAUGGGCCGGUUCACAUGUUUUUCCUAGGAUUUGAUAAUCACAUCUAAGUCGCUAGUUUGAUAUUGCUCACGUCUAAGUUAAAAAUUGUCCCUGCACAAGUGAGUGUGUAAUCGCUAAUUGUUGGUGGAUACUGUCUACAUGCUUACUGCAGUGAAGUCCUAGGAAAAAUAGAAUUUAUAGAUGUCUGAUUAUUUAUAAACCAUUUAGUAUUAUUAACUAGUUCUCGGUUCGUCAUAUAUGCCCAACAACUACAGGAACCACCCUCGAUUAAAGCAUACCCAAAAAUUAUCUAGCAUCUCAGCCAGUCGCAUAAAUGGUGACUUUAUUUUAAACUCUAUUAGAUAUGUACUCAUUGUUCCGUCUACACGUUUCUACACUUUGCUGCUGCAUUUAAAUUACUAACUUCAUGAAGUGUGUUUGUUUUUCAGACGUUAAUAUGGUUACAGCUAUUCAAUAUUACUGUUAUUUUAUACAAAGAUAUGUAAACCAUUCCUGACUUGUUAGGUCUCUCUGGCGUAGUAUAUUUUGCAUAUAUGCCAGUGUCUAUGAAUUGAAAAAGUCAUUAUGUAGAGCUAAUAAAAAUCUGUAUAGUUAUGUUUGUUAUGAAAGUAACUGUAACACACCAUACGUACUAGAUCCUAUGCAUUAGUGAGUACUUCAGUUUUAUUAUAGUAUUUCAUUUAUGUUAACAGAUGUUUUAGAAUUCAGCAACAGUGUUUUACUAUUUGAUUGAUAGUAAUUAAUCUGUUUGCCUUUAUUCUUACUCGUUUUAUAGUACAACAAGUAACAGCCAUGGUAGAUGUAAACAUUGAUAACUUUGUUAAAAUUUGUCUACCGGUUUUCAUCGGGAUCAGCAUGCGGUCAUCAAUCAGUUUACAAUCAUAUUCCGGAGAAAACAAACCACCUAUGUUUGGUGACUAUGAAGCUCAACGUCACUGGAUGGAAAUUACUGUUAAUUUACCGUUUUCAGAAUGGUAUACAAAUUCAACAAGAAAUGAUUUGAAUUAUUGGGGCUUAGAUUAUCCACCUGUUACGGCAUAUCAUAGUUGGCUCAUGGGUAAAUUAGCUAAUAAAAUGGACCAUAAUUGGGUUCAGUUGUACACCUCCAGAGGUUUCGAAUCUAGAGAGCACAAGUUGUUCAUGCGUUAUACUGUAUUGGUGGCUGAUUUAUUAUUUUUUAUACCUUCUGUAUUAGUAUUUUUCCAUUAUGUUCUACCUAAAAUUAUGAGUAGCAGUAAUCAGCCACCAAAACUUAGCGGAUUUUAUUCGGCUUGUCUGGUGCUGACUUAUCCUGGUCUUAUAUUAAUUGAUCAUGGGCAUUUUCAAUACAAUUGUAUCAGUCUUGGUUUGUUCUUGACCGGGGUUAAUUUUUUCCUCCUUGAAUGGGAUUUGGUCGGUUCUGUAUUAUUUUGUUUAGCUUUGGGAUAUAAACAAAUGGAACUAUACCAUGCGUUACCAAUUUUUUUCUAUUUAUUAAGCAACUGUAUUCAUAAAAAAUCUGUGUGCUGUGGAUUAAUACAUUUAGUCAAACUAAGUUGUAUUGUUUUCUUUACAAUGCUUUUAAUAUUUGCGCCGUUCUUAAUAACAUAUGACUCGAAUCUUUUACAUCAAGUCGUUCGACGUUUGUUUCCGUUUGAUCGAGGUAUUUACGAAGAUAAAGUAUCUAAUUUUUGGUGCGCUACUUCACCAUUAGUUAAGUGGCGCUCAUUAUUUUCGACCUCAUCCCAAACAUUAUCGUCUAAUAAACUGGUAUGGGUUAGCAUUCUACUUGUACUAAUUACUUGCCUUCCAUCUUGCCUAGUUUUGCUAGGGAAAUCAAAGAAACGAAAAUUCCUAAUUUCUCUAGCUCUCAGUGCUCUGAUUUUCUACUUGUUUUCCUUCCAAGUUCAUGAAAAAUCAAUUUUGUUAGUGUCUAUUCCUGCUUUUUGUUUACUACCUUUUUAUCCAAUAUCGUCGUUUCUAUUCUCUUUAUGCUCUACUCUUAGUAUGUGGCCAUUAUUUAAGAAGGAUGGUCUACUAUUGGCUAGUUUAUGUUUAAUAUGUAUGCAUACCAUUCUAGGCUAUUUUACAAUACUUAAAAGCGAUGAUAAUGACAAACGUUCUGCUGAGAGUCGAAAAUUACGAAGCAAUACUAGGAGUAACAAUAAUAUUUCGUUAUUUACUACACUUUUUAUCCUUUUUAGCUAUGGUAUUUUGAUUCUCAGUGACUUACUAAUUUCACCUCCACCAGCAUAUCCAGAUUUAUUCCCUUUACUAUCUUCUAUGUACUCGUUCACACUGUUUUUCUUAUUCAUGCUCUAUUGGCAGUGGAAAGUUAUUUUCACUUAAAAACUUUUCACCUGGUUUUGCUUCUAGGAUAAAUACACGUUCAUAAAGUUCUUGUUCUCGAUAAUUUACAUAAUCAGUUAUUUUAUUUUGUACACUUGUUACUAUCAUUCUUGCAAUAAAAACUGAUGUCUUUCUAAUAAACUGUAGGAUGUAACUUUGACAAACAAAG